AUGGCUCAAACUGAUUCGUCUCUUCGAAGCUCUUCUUCAUCUUCUUCUACUGAUGGUGUCGUCGGUCACAUUUCGGACAGUAUCCAAGUCGGUCCGAGUAUUGCUGCCGUGGUUGCCAUUAUUGGUGGUCUUGCCGUGAACACAUGCGGUUAUCGACUACUACGUCCUACUAUGUUUGGCUGUGGUUUUCUUGUAGGUGGUUAUCUCUUAUCGGCCAUUGUAGAGUACAUUGUGGAUGAUCAAUCAUACGAACGUACUGCGUUUUGGAUUUCUUACCUUAUUGGUGGCCUCAUUCUCGGCUCCAUUGUCGUCUCCAUUUACAAUGCCGGUAUUUUCCUUAUUGGUGCAGCUGCUGGUGUCUUCUUGGCAACUAUUAUCAAUACUUCGUUCGGUUACAGACUCUAUCCGAACGAUCCAACCACGGGUCUGUUCAUUAUGGCGAUUGUGUUGGGUUUAAUCUGUGGACUCUUGGUGUUUAAGAUUGAGAGACUCGCUAUUAUUGCGUCUACAGCUCUCGUCGGUUCCGUGCUCUUUGUCAACGGUGUUGGCUACUUUAUUGGAGCCUUUCCCAAGCUCACAGAUAUCAAGGAUUACCGCUACAAGAAUGAAGAUGGAGAUUACGUGUACGACAUUCCAGGUGAAUGGUGGGGAUACUUCGUGGGCAUACUGGUUGUGUUUAUUUUUGGCAUUGCCGUCCAGAUCAAGAUGACUGCAACGAAGUAG